AUGGGAAGAGACAUCCUCAUUAAACUGGGGACCACCCUUGUGAUGGGAAGCUUUUCAGCCCCUAGGGCCCUACAGCUUCUGAUUACUACUGAAGAAUCCAUUACACCUUCUCCAAUAGAGAGAGAACAAAGACUAUGGGAGGACAAAAUUAACCCCCAGGUGUGGGACCAGGGGAUUCCUAGACGAGCCCACCAAGCUGAACCGGUCAUCAUUGUCCUCCGAAUUCCCACUCGGUUUCCUAACCGGAAACAAUAUCCUCUCAAAAGAGAGGCUCAAGAGGGACUACAGGCUUUAAUAAAUAAAUUCCUUGCUUGUGGGCUAUUGGUCUCCACCAGUUUGCCAUGUAACACCCCAAUACUCUCAGUAAAGAAAAAGGAUGAAACUUGGCAAAUGGUUCAAGAUCUCCAGAUCAUAAAUGAAGCGAGGCUUGAUCCAACCGCCCAAGGCUGGCCCCCCUGCCUUCGAAAUCUUGCGGGUAUUGCAAUCAUGAUAGAAGAUGCUUCAAAACUCUCCUUUGUGGGCAAACCAACUAUUUUUAUCAGCCACCAAAGCUAUAACACGGUCCAGUCGAGACCCGAGAGCAAUUCCCUGGGGAACAUAUUCAUCAGUCAGCUGCAAGAAGCUCUGGCCCAGCUUUGGGAGGACCGGCAAGUGCGUGUCCUGAUCUUCAGGAGUGGACUGAAGGGUGUGUUCUGAGCAGGUGCAGACCUGAAGGAGCGGGAGCAGAUGAGUGAGACAGAAGUGGGGGUCUUUGUCCAGCGGCUCCGAGGUCUGAUAACUGAGAUUGCAGCCUUCCCUGCACCCACCAUUGCUGCUGUGGAUGGAUUUGCCUUGGGUGGAGGCCUGGAACUUGCCCUGGCCUGUGACCUCCGAGUGGCAGCUUCCUCGGCUGUCAUGGGGCUGAUCGAGACCACCCGAGGGCUCCUCCCAGGAGCAGGAGGGACUCAGAGGCUGCCUCGAUGCCUGGGGGUGGCCCUGGCGAAGGAGCUCAUCUUCACGGGCCGACGACUGAGUGGGGCGCAGGCCCAGGUUCUGGGGCUGGUGAACCACACUGUGGCCCAGAAUGAGGAGGGCAACACUGCCUACGGCUGGGCCCGAGCCCUGGCCCAGGAGAUCCUGCCCCAGGCCCCCAUCGCUGUGCGGCCGAGCAAAGUUGCCAUUGACCGAGGAAUAGAGGUGAGAGGGUUCUGGGUCGGAACUUAGUGUCUGCUGAGGUCAGUGGGGUGGCUGGGAGGCAGUGCUUUCAGGGCACACAGAUGGGCAGCACAGCUGGGAAGAACUCAGGAAUCGGGCUCUUCCUACAGACUCUGAGCCUGACCUCUCUCUUUGUGCCUUAGUU